AUGCCGGGGAGUGCCAGAAAAGUACCUCCAGGUACAACAUCACAUUUUAGUUCCAAAUGUUUUUCUCCUCCCUCCAGCAUACACCUUCCCUUUGAACCCCCCACCCUCCCUGAUAUCCAAGGCCAAAUCCCGCCAACAAGUCCCAUUUGCAGAGAAACACCCUCCCCUGUUCUCGCUCUCCCGCAUCCCCUCUUCCUAGAACAUGCGUGGACACCCGUGGGGCCGCAGCUGAAAUCCGCCUCCCGAUGUUCCUCCGAGACUGGCGCCAAGAUCCUCAGCCUCUUCCUAUUCGUCAGUGCAGUGGAAACCCUGCCACGUGAUCCACCGCCCCCUGAUCCACGUCCAGAGGUUGAGGAGCCCAGAGCCGUGGCAUGGAGUCAACGUACGUCAUCGUGCGGGGCGACUGUGGCCUGA